GUUCUGCGAGAUAGCGCAAAGAUACGAUUUUCUUCUGAAACGUUCACGUCAUAAAAUUUAGCUCUUAAAAUAAUAAUAGACUCGAGUGUGAAUAAUUUACUUGAAUGUAGAAGAGGUACUGGAAGAAUAAGUUUACGGUGUUUGGUUUGACGAGCGCAGUAGGACUACGUUUAGAAGGCAGCCAUCUUGCAAUCCCUAAUCAAAGAUCUUCGGCUAGCGGCUAUCGCUGUCUGGUUUUCAGCCAGUUAAUAUCAACACACAGUUCUUCAAAUGGCUUUAAAACGAAUUAAUAAGGAACUUCAGGACCUUGGUAGAGAUCCACCUGCGCAGUGCUCUGCUGGUCCUGUAGGAGACGAUUUAUUCCAUUGGCAAGCAACUAUUAUGGGACCACCUGACAGUCCAUAUCAAGGAGGAGUAUUUUUCCUUACAAUCCACUUUCCCACAGAUUAUCCAUUCAAACCACCUAAGGUUGCUUUUACAACUAGAAUUUAUCAUCCAAAUAUUAACAGUAAUGGAAGUAUUUGUUUGGAUAUUUUAAGAUCGCAAUGGUCCCCAGCACUCACCAUAUCAAAGGUGUUACUAUCAAUAUGCUCCUUGCUCUGUGAUCCAAACCCAGAUGAUCCUUUGGUACCAGAGAUAGCAAGGUUAUACAAAACUGACAGGGAGAAGUAUAAUGAAUUGGCACGUGAAUGGACGCGCAAGUAUGCCAUGUGAUGCGCCAAUCUCCGUUGACUUCAACAUCUAAAAACCACCAACAAGCAGCCCCAGCCUAUUGCCACUUAUGCAUCAGCACCGAUGAAAUUAGUUAUGGCUCGUCUACUUUUAAACUUAAGCCAGUACUCGGGUUCGAAGAAUGCUCAGACAAACGUGAUCAAUCUGAAAUUUCCUUCGUCCUGAGAGGCCUGCGAAUAUUGAGACGUUGCCACAAUGGCAAUUGAGGCAAUUUUAAAGGUGGUCACAUAACAUUAUAUAUAUAAAUCAGGAAAAAAAAGAAAUAUGUCCGCUUUGAUUUUCAUAAAUAAAAAUGGAAGUAAAAUAUAGGAGAGUGAAAGUAGGAUUUGUAUUUGAAUUGAAUAGUUUAAUUUCUAAUUAUUAUGCUUAUAAUACCGUAAUAUUAUAAUACCUACUUUCUCAGUGAAACGAAAACCUUGAACUGACAGCACACCAAUUGUUAGUUUUAACGCAAGUGAGCAAUGUUUGCCCGUCCCUUGGAACGAUGCAGUCACUUUUUUGUAAGACUGGGCUAUAUAUAAAUACUACUGAAACUAUA